GGAAAGGAGGGGAGUCCAGAAGGGAGGAAUAAAGGAGGCUCUCCAUCCCCCGAGGGAAUCUAUUUUACAGAGGAAUGCCAGUGCCUGAGGUGGCAACUGACACUGCCAGCGCCGCCGCCAUGUUGAGCCCUGUCCUCAACGCCUCCAACGGAGACGGAUCAGAGUCUGAAACCACCUCUGCCAUCCUUGCCUCCGUCAAGGAACAGGAGUUGCAGUUUGAGCGUCUGACCAGGGAGCUGGAAGCCGAACGCCAGAUCGUUGCCAGUCAGCUGGAGAGAUGUAAGCUUGGCUCUGAGACUGGAAGCAUGACGAGCAUCAGCUCAGUAGAUGAGAAGUUUCGCUGGAACAACCAAGACGGACAGAAGGACAUCGAGGAGGAGCUGACAACGGGCUUGGAGCUGGUGGACUCCUGCAUCCGAUCGCUCCAGGAAUCCGGCAUCUUGGACCCGCUGGACACGACUACAGGAGACAUCUCCGGUGAGCACUUUAAAUCAGGGAUAGAGCGGGGAGACACACACACACACUUAACUAGCUCUGCAGACAUCACAAUACUUUUCUCUGUGUGCCUCCGUAGGGAGUUCGGCUGGAGGGAUCCGGAGCUGCCGGAGGUGAUCCAGAUGUUGCAGCAUCAGUUCCCGUCGGUCCAGUCCAACGCCGCUGCCUACCUGCAGCACCUCUGCUUCGGAGAUAACAAGAUCAAAUCGGAGAUCCGGCGGCAGGGUGGAAUCCAGCUGCUGGUGGACCUCCUGGACCACCGGAUGACCGACGUGCACCGCAGCGCCUGCGGCGCCCUGAGGAACCUGGUGUACGGCAAAGCCAACGACGACAACAAGAUCGCCCUGAAGAACUGCGGCGGCAUCCCGGCUCUGGUGCGACUGCUCCGCAAGACCACAGACGUGGAGAUCCGAGAGCUGCUCACAGGUGUUUUGUGGAACUUGUCGUCGUGCGACGCCCUGAAGAUGCCCAUCAUCCAGGACACCCUCGCCGUGCUGACCAACGCUGUGAUCAUCCCCCACUCGGGCUGGGACACGUCUCCGCAUACGCAGGAGGACCGCAAGAUGCACCUCCACUCCUCCCAGGUCCUCCGCAACGCAACUGGCUGCCUCCGGAAUGUGAGUUCUGCUGGCGAGGAGGCCCGGAGGAGGAUGAGGGAGUGCGAGGGCCUGACAGACGCUUUGCUCUACGUCAUCCAGACCGCUCUGGGCAGCAGUGAGAUCGACAGCAAGACUGUAGAGAACUGCGUUUGCAUCCUGAGGAACUUGUCGUACCGUCUGGCCGCAGAGACAUCUCACAGCCAGCAGGGGGGGUCGGAAGAGCUGGACGGCCUGUUGUGUGACACCGGCGGCAAGGAUACAGAGAGCUCCGGAUGCUGGAGCAAGAAGAAGAAGAAAAAGAAGGGGCACGACCAGUGGGACGGCGUCGGCCCGUUUCCAGAAUUGGCAGAGCCCCCGAAGGGCAUCCAGAUGUUAUGGCACCCCACCAUCGUAAAGCCCUACCUCACUCUGCUGUCGGAGUGCUCCAACCCAGACACCCUGGAGGGAGCAGCUGGGGCUUUGCAGAACCUUGCUGCUGGCAGCUGGAAGUGGUCGGUGUACAUCCGGGCCGCAGUGCGUAAGGAGAAGGGCCUCCCCAUCCUGGUGGAGUUGCUGAGGAUAGACAACGACCGUGUGGUUUGUGCUGUGGCCACCGCGCUGAGAAACAUGGCUCUGGACAUCAGGAACAAGGAGCUCAUUGGUAAAUACGCAAUGAGGGACCUGGUGCAACGGUUGCCCGGAGGCAGCAACAACAACAACACCAGCGGUGGGGGUGGAGGCAGCAGCAACAGCAGCACCCUGGCGGGGAAGACGAUGUCGGACGACACCGUCACGGCGAUCUGCUGCGCGCUGCACGAGGUCAUCACUAAGAACAUGGAGAACACCAAGGCCCUGAGGGAUGCCGGCGGCAUCGAGAAGCUCAUCGGCAUCGCCCGCAACAAAGGGGACAAACAUAGUCCCAAAGUCGUGAAGGCAGCAUCUCAAGUCCUGAACAGCAUGUGGCAAUACAGAGACCUCCGCAGCCUCUACAAAAAGGACGGCUACUCCCAGUACCAUUUCGUCGGCUCUUCCUCCACGAUAGAGAGGGACAGACAGCGCCCUUAUUCUUCCUCUCGUACUCCGUCCAUCUCCCCCGUACGGACCUCACCCAACAACCGAUCAGCGAGCGCCCCAGUUUCCCCUCGGGAGAUGGUGGCACUGAAGGAGAGGAAGGCGGACUACGACUCGACCGGCAACGCCAGUUACCAUGGCAACAAGGGCGAACACACGUCCCGGAAAGACGCCAUGAUGGGUAAGAGUUCCACACUGCACGUCUGA